UUCUGUUUUUAUUAAAACGACUGCGUGUGUUGUGUUGAUGAUGCGCGUGUGAAAGUUUUGCUGGCGCAGGUGUGUGCGCGCGGCUGUCAUGUCCUAUGAAUUAUUCAUGUGGGCGAGACUAACCCAGCUGACCUAAAGAAAUAGCUCCUAGCUCUGAGAUACUGUGUUAGCUGUUAAAGGCGUCAUUGCUCCGUUGUCUGGGUAUGGUAGAGAGAGAGCCGCACUGAGAUGAGUGAGAGAGAGAAAGAGCUAAAGAUACACUUCAGCCCUGGACAUGUGCAGCUGGUGCAGGAAGAUGUGUACACCCCAUACAGGCGUGUGCUUGUGACUGGCGCGACUGGUCUUCUCGGACGUGCUGUCUACAAGGAGUUUCAGAACAAUGACUGGGAUGCUCUCGGUUCUGGUUACAACCGGGCUCGGCCUCGUUUCCUGAGGUGCAACCUGCUGGAUGAAGAUGCUGUGCGAGCGGUCAUUCAUGACUUUCAGCCCCAUGUGAUCGUGCACUGCGCUGCUGAGAGGAGGCCGGACGUGGUGGAGCAUCACACAGAGGCAGCUUUGAACCUGAACGUACAUGCAUGUGCUACUCUGGCAAAAGAAGCAGACACAGCUGGCAUCUUCCUGCUCUACAUUAGUACGGAUUACGUAUUUGAUGGACGUAACCCCCCAUACGGAGAAAAUGAUGCACCCAACCCAUUGAACAUGUACGGGAAGUCCAAACUUGAGGGAGAAAGAGAGAUCCUCAGACACUGUCCAGGUGCUGCUAUACUUCGUGUGCCCAUUUUGUACGGGGAGGUGGAGAAGGUGGAGGAGAGUGCUGUAACAGUGUUGUGGGACCGUGUUCAGGAAGGGGCUGAGAGCUGCACUAUAGACCACUGCCAGCAGCGCUUUCCCACCUACACAAGUGAUGUGGCGCGUGUCUGCAGGAACAUGGCUGAGAGGGCUCUUCAGGACCCAUCCUUGCGAGGGAUAUUUCACUAUUCGGGUAAAGAGCAGAUGACUAAAUAUGAGAUGGCCUGUGCCAUUGCAGAUGCGUUUAACCUGCCCAGCAGUCAUCUUAUACCGCUGACCGAGCAGCCUGCUGGUGCUGGAGCCCAGAGGCCACAGAAUGCACAGUUGGAGUGCUCUCGUCUAGAGCUGCUUGGUUUAAGUGUUGAAGCCACCCCCUUCAAGACGGCUGUAAGAGACAGUCUGUGGCCCUUCCUCCACGACAAACGCUGGAGACAGACCGUCUUUCACUGAAGCAGCACAAAUACAUUCCUGAUUAUAGCUUAUAACAGACCUGUUCUUGUUUCACAUUUGAUAUUAUUUGAAUAGUGCGCUGAAUUAUUGCUAACCACUCAGCAUUUUACCAACUAUUAUUGUUUGUUUGCGCGUAUUGCACUAUGGAGUCUUGGCUCAAAGCGUAUGCUUUACUUACAUGAAGAUAAUCUUUUGUCUCUGUAUGAAAAUGGCUCUUUAGCAGUAUUCUACCCUGAAGUUUGUGAGAUGCUGAAUGUUUGUGGGAUUGUUUAAGAUUAAGACUCACAUCAGCAUUUCACCUGAAGAACUUGCUCUUGAAAAACACUGCAACGCUUCACAACCAAUCCUACAUUAUUUAGCUGAUUAGCUUUCACUGCUACAGAAACAGACAAGUGAGUGUGAUUAUGCAGUACAUGUCUAAACCUAUAAAAGUACACAAGCAAAUAAACGGUACAUAUUAGCUUUAGAAUCAUGUUCCUUGUCCCUGCUUUUCACUUUUUUAGCAAAUCCAGAUGAUCAUAUUAGAAAUGGAAUGCACUGGGAAUGCUUGGGAUACUUGCUUUAGGUUGAAGAAUCUUUACUUGAGUCUUUGUUUUGGAAGCUUUUAUUUUCUUUAUUGCCCACAAGCGCGCAGUGAAGACAAGGUCGACUGUUUAUUUGAGUUAUAUGAUGAACUUUUGGACCUAUAUGUUCUGACCUUUUGGACCACACUGUUGUAAAUAAAUGUCCUGCUGAAAUAAACAUUAAGCUUAAGGCA